AUGGCAACAUCAGCUCGUAGAUCGUAUGGUUUCGGUAGAGCCGAUGAGGCUACACACCCUGACUCCAUUAGGGCCACUCUAGCUGAGUUUCUCUCCACUUUCGUCUUCGUCUUUGCAGCUGAAGGCUCUAUCCUCUCUCUCGAUAAGUUGUAUUGGAACCACGAGGCUCUUACGGGGACAAACACACCAGGAGGACUGCUUUUAGUAGCUUUGGCUCAUGCGUUUGCUCUGUUCGCUGCUGUUUCAGCAGCCGUCAAUAUCUCCGGUGGACACGUAAACCCGGCAGUCACUUUUGGUGCUCUUAUUGGAGGCAGGAUCUCUGCCAUCCGUGCCAUCUACUAUUGGAUCGCUCAGCUUCUUGGUGCCAUCCUCGCUUCUCUCUUGUUGAGGCUCUCCACAAACGGCAUGAGACCAGUUGGUUUCCGUGUAGCAACAGGUGUUGGAGUGGUUAACGGACUAGUGUUAGAGAUCAUUUUAACGUUUGGCUUAGUCUACGUUGUCUACUCAACAUUGAUUGAUCCAAAACGUGGAAGCCUCGGGAUCAUAGGACCGCUUGCAAUUGGGCUCGUAGUUGGGGCCAACAUCUUAGUGGGUGGACCAUUCUCUGGUGCGUCAAUGAAUCCAGCUAGAGCCUUUGGUCCAGCAUUGGUUGGAUGGAGAUGGGAUGACCAUUGGAUCUAUUGGGUCGGACCAUUCAUCGGUGGUGCUUUAGCCGCUCUUAUAUAUGAGUACAUGGUCAUACCCACUGAGCCACCAACGCACCACACACACCAGCCUUUAGCUCCUGAAGAUUACUAG